GGUCGUCGCAUUUAUGAGUAUUGCAGCCAUUUUUUCUGCAAGACCCCUCCAGUCUCUUCUUCUCCUUCCUCCUACUAAACCGAGUUAAAUUAAUUCCCAAGUUUGAAUUUGAUUCUCUGAAAUUUUCACCAUUAUUUAAUCAGAGGUUGAAGAAAAUGACAAUGUUUUGAAUGCGAGGGAGAUAAUAAUGGCUGUACCAUGCGGUGGUUCCCUCCGCGACACAUGGGAUCGUUUCUUCGACCGGUGCUCUCGGUUUUUUCCCUGUCUUUCCGAUCCUGCUCGAAGAUCUGCUUUGUGUUUGAAGGUGGCGUUGGUGGUGCUGCACUUGAUCUAUGUUAGCAUUCUUUUUAUUUUCGACAAAGAUUUCAUUGAGAAGACCAAGCAACAACCUUGGUAUACUGCAAUAUAUUUGUCAUUAUUGGUGGCUACACUGGCUCAAUAUUUCCUCACCUCUAAUACUUCUCCAGGUUAUGUUCUUGAAGCAAUGAGGGUCGUUAACGAGACUGAUGCUUUAGUAAGGAGAAAAUCAGUGGCUUCAAAACAACCUGCUUCAAGCAACAAUGGCAGUUUAGUUAUUACUGUGGAUGCGGACCAGCUCGGAAGAAACCUUUUAGGGAGUAAUGCAACAUCUUGGACAAAAGUAGUGAUGGAUAUGUAUCCUCCUGGAACCUCAGUUAGAACCUGGACUUGCUCCUACUGCAAUGUUGUGCAGCCCCCACGAGCUAAGCAUUGCCAUGAUUGCGACAAAUGUGUGCUUCAGUUUGAUCAUCAUUGUGUCUGGCUGGGGACAUGCAUAGGACAGAAUAAUCACUGUCGGUUUUGGUGGUACAUUUGUGAGGAGACAGCAUUGUGCCUUUGGACCGGUAUCUUAUACAUUUCAUAUCUCAAAUCAAAUAUAACAAAGGCAUGGUGGGUCGAUGUUAUUAUGAUUUUGCUGUUGGCUACUUUAUUUGUUUCGCUUAUCUUCCUGGUUCUCCUCCUCCUGUUUCAUAGCUAUCUCAUUAUGACAAAUCAAACAACCUACGAACUUGUAAGGCGAAGGCGCAUUCCUUACCUGAGGGGAAUUCCUGAAAGAGUUUAUCCAUUUAGUCAAGGAGUAUGCAGAAAUUUGUACAACUUCUGUUUAGCCCGAAGCACGUAUUACAAGAUGGAGCGUUUGCCAACAGCACAGGAACUGGAGGAGAAGGCAAGGCCUUAUACAUGCUUGGAUGCAUUAACUUGUCGAUGUUGUUGAUGAUUACUUGGCGUUGGGCCUUUAGUUUUCAUUGUAUACUUUUCCGUGUUGCAAAGAAUGGUCAUCAUUUUACAGUAUGUCCUGCAUUUGUUUAUUCAACGCUGGAGAUGGUGAAGUCAAUUUACCAGUUUUGCUGGACCAAAACAAAAUGUAUUUUUCUUUUUUUCCAUAUGCAAACUCGUCUCAUUCUUA